AUCCACUCAACUCAACAGCAAGACUUGAUGGCUUAUGAUUUAAGACGGGAUAGUAUUCAUAGAAAGCCGGCUAUUUCUUAUAAGUGCACAUUAAGAUGUUCAAUUAAGACCGCGCAAAUCGUAUCUCGGUAGCGUUGACCUAUCUUAUCCCCCUCUGCUCUUAUACAACUACCUAGCGUCCUCAUACGAACAAGCUACGUAGCUUGCUUACUCCGGUACUCGAACAUACUAGAGAGACAAAGUACCUACGCCGCAACUGAUACGCGGAGUUGGGUCCUAAGGGACAAAAGGGCGUCCCCGAGAUGCAGCCACUCCUCCGCAACGCCGCCGCCGCUGCGAGCAUCCGCGCCGGAUCGCGCCGCGCGCUGAGAACGGCCUGGGUGGAAGUUCGUGCUCUGCGCCCGGUAUCCUUCCAAACGUUGACCAGAACACGCACGACGACGGCUACACCGCCACCGCCAGGGACACGUCGGACUUGCCGGCAGGCGAGGAUUUUCAGCACCAACUCCGGCGCCAAUUCAUCACAAACCGAUGAAAGGGAAAUCAAGGCCGUGAAGAAGUCGGAACCCCUGCGCGUCCUGUUCUGCGGCUCCGACAGGUUCAGCUGCGCGGCGCUAGAAGCGCUGCAUAGGGAGCACGUGCGUGAUCCGGCGUUGGUUGAGUCGAUCGAUGUUGUGGUGCGUCCUGGCAAGAGGGCGGGGAGGGGGAAUAGGGAUGUUGUGCAUCCACCGAUCAGAGAUCUAGCUACGAGUCUGGGUUUACCAAUUCACGAGAGGGAUACUUUUACGGGAUGGGAUAUGCCACCAAAAACAAACAUCAUAAUAGCCGUCUCCUUCGGCCUCUUCGUACCACCCCGUCUCCUCCAACAAGCCCGCUUCGGCGGCCUCAACAUCCACCCAUCUCUACUCCCAGACCUGCGCGGCCCAGCCCCGCUACACCACGCCCUCCUCUCAGGCCGCACCUCCACAGGCGUGACGCUACAAACACUCGACCCAACCCGUUUCGACCACGGCAAAAUCCUAGCCCAAACCCCAACACUACACAUCCCACCCGACCUCGACUACGAGUCCCUAUUAGCCACGAUUACGCCCGUAGCAGCGGACCUGUUAAUCCGGGGGUUGAGAGAAGGCGUGCACGUCCCUCCUCUACAAGAAGUAGACGUAGACGUAGACGUAGGGGAGGCAGAGGGACGGCCCCUCCAGCACGCCCCCAAGAUCACCAAGGCCGACCGCCAGAUCAACGCGCGCCGGGUCCCCGAGCUUCUGUGCCGCUACCGCGUCCUCGGGCCGCUGUGGCUCUGGUCGCGGGACCGCAACGGCGCGCGCAAGCGCGUCAUCUUCGAGCGGGUAUCCGGCGCGCACCCGGCUUCCGUGCCGAGCGACGCGCUCGCGCUGCACUCGCUGGUACUUGAGCAGGACUCUUCCCCCUCUCCUUCUCCUACUCCUACUCCUACUCCUAGUAUUAAUGCCGGUACCGGUGCCAAUACCAGCACCAUUAAUAGCAUCGCGGAGGAAGAACGGGUCCGACCCGAGACAACCCGGCUCGCGGUCUGGGUCCCCAAGGACAAGGACGCGGACGGCGCGGUCUAUAUAGGAUCCCAUCGCGUCGAGACGGUAAAGGUGGAGAGCAUAGAGGCGAAGCCUGCGGCGCGGGCCUUGAAGAAUUUCCUCGUUCCUAUUAAGAAUCAGGAUGAAGAGUGGGAAAAGGCGGAAUCUACGUUUAUCCUCGGUUGAAUUUCCGAUGGAACGUCCACGCACCGAUUAUACAAGUACCAAAGAUGCCAAUGGAACGGUUAGUAGGUAAUAGCACAGACCUACUCAAAAUCAAGUAUCUGAUUAAUGAUUAAGAAUGAAGAGUGGUUACCUAGAUACAUGCACGAUGAGAGGAGAGGAG